GCGGCGGGAGCGCGUCCCGUCCGGGUCCCGAGGAGCCGCCGCCGCCGCCGCCGCCGCCGCCGCUCGCCAACAUGGCGGACCUGGAGGCCGUGCUGGCCGAUGUCAGCUACCUGAUGGCGAUGGAGAAGAGCAAGGCGACCCCGGCCGCCCGCGCCAGUAAGAAGAUCGUGCUGCCCGAGCCCAGUAUCCGGAGUGUGAUGCAGAAGUAUCUUCAGGAGAGAAAUGAAAUCACCUUUGACAAGAUUUUUAAUCAGAAAAUUGGUUUCUUGCUAUUUAAAGAUUUUUGUUUGAAUGAAAUUAAUGAAGCUGUACCUCAGGUGAAGUUUUAUGAAGAGAUAAAAGAAUACGAGAAGCUAGAGAACGAGGAAGAUCGCCUUUGCAGAAGCCGGCAAAUUUACGACACCUACAUCAUGAAGGAGCUGCUGUCUUGUUCACACCCAUUCUCAAAGCAAGCCGUAGAACAUGUACAAAGUCACCUAUCCAAGAAACAAGUGACAUCAACUCUUUUCCAGCCCUACAUAGAAGAAAUUUGUGAAAGCCUUCGAGGCAACAUUUUCCAAAAAUUUAUGGAAAGUGACAAGUUCACUCGAUUUUGUCAGUGGAAAAACGUAGAAUUAAAUAUCCAUUUGACCAUGAAUGAUUUCAGCGUACAUAGGAUCAUUGGACGAGGAGGAUUUGGUGAAGUAUACGGUUGCAGGAAAGCAGACACUGGAAAAAUGUAUGCAAUGAAAUGCUUGGAUAAGAAGAGGAUCAAGAUGAAACAAGGAGAAACAUUAGCCUUAAAUGAGAGGAUUAUGUUAUCUCUUGUGAGUACAGGGGACUGUCCUUUCAUUGUCUGUAUGACCUAUGCCUUCCAUACUCCAGAUAAACUCUGCUUCAUCUUGGAUCUGAUGAACGGGGGCGAUUUGCACUAUCACCUUUCACAGCAUGGGGUGUUUUCAGAGAAGGAGAUGCGGUUUUAUGCCACUGAAAUCAUCCUGGGGCUGGAACACAUGCACAAUCGGUUUGUUGUUUACAGAGAUCUGAAGCCUGCAAAUAUCCUCUUGGAUGAACAUGGACACGUCAGGAUAUCCGAUCUCGGUCUGGCCUGUGACUUUUCCAAAAAGAAGCCACAUGCAAGCGUUGGCACCCAUGGGUACAUGGCUCCCGAGGUGCUGCAGAAGGGGGCAGCGUAUGACAGCAGUGCCGACUGGUUCUCCCUGGGUUGCAUGCUUUUCAAGCUUCUGCGAGGGCACAGCCCUUUCAGACAACACAAAACCAAAGACAAGCAUGAGAUAGACCGAAUGACCCUCACCGUGAAUGUGGAACUCCCAGAGGCCUUCUCCCCGGAACUGCGGUCCCUCCUAGAAGGCCUGCUCCAGAGAGACGCCAGCAAGCGACUCGGCUGCCAUGGGGGCGGGGCACAAGAAGUAAAGGAACACAUCUUUUUCAAAGGAAUCGACUGGCAGCAUGUCUACUUACAGAAGUACCCUCCACCUUUGAUUCCUCCCCGAGGAGAAGUCAAUGCUGCUGACGCCUUUGACAUUGGCUCAUUUGAUGAAGAGGAUACCAAGGGCAUCAAGCUUCUUGAUUGCGACCAAGAUCUCUACAAGAAUUUCCCCUUGGUGAUCUCCGAGCGCUGGCAGCAGGAAGUAGCAGAAACAGUUUAUGAAGCCGUAAAUGCAGACACGGAUAAAAUCGAGGCCAGAAAGAGAGCUAAAAAUAAGCAACUUGGACACGAAGAAGAUUACGCUCUGGGAAAGGACUGUAUCAUGCACGGGUACAUGCUGAAGCUAGGGAACCCAUUUCUGACUCAGUGGCAGCGUCGGUAUUUUUACCUCUUUCCAAACAGACUUGAAUGGAGAGGAGAGGGAGAGUCCCGGCAAAAUUUACUGACGAUGGAACAAAUUCUGUCUGUGGAGGAAACUCAGAUUAAAGACAAAAAGUGUAUUUUGUUGAGGAUAAAAGGAGGGAAGCAAUUUGUCUUACAAUGUGAGUAAUUUUUUUCAGGGAAGUGUUUCUGGGUCAUUCAGAGAUGGCUGAUGACUUACCUCCUCCCCACCCCUGAGGACCAACUCGUUUGUGCCCAGAGAGGAGGUGGGCUUCACCGGAGUCUGUGGCAGGUGGUGUCUGGGAGUCAUGGGCUGUACGGAUGGGUGAGCGAGUGCCAGCCAGCCAAGAACAGUGGUAGAAAUGGGGCGAAGGAAGGAAAGCAUUAACUUGCAGAUGAAAAAGUCAUCCCCUGUACACCAAGCACCAAGGAAAUAAAGUUGGCUAAUUCUUUUCCUCCUGACAAUGGGAGUUGAAUAGUAAUUACCGUGAGAUAUAGUCACUUUAUUUUCAAUUAGAGUUGCUGAACUUAUGGAUAGGCCAUCGCCUUUCCAUCAGGGCUCUGCACACCCUCCAGCACCCUCCAGGAAGGCACCCAGCACCCAGAGCUAACACCUGUCUGUGUGUGCCUCGCAGCCACUGGGAGGGCCAGGCACAGGAUCUGGGGCCAGGGGCCCUGAGGCCAGUCGCAGACCUCAUCGCUCGUCCACUGGAGCCGCAAGAAGACCCCCAGAAUAACAGCACAUUGCUUGCUGUUUGAGCCAUGCCCACUUGUAGAGUGAGCUUUAGCAGUUUAAAUUUUGAAAACAUUUAUUCCUAAAGAUCUACCAUGAUUUUCCCUCCCAUGAAAGGUUGACUCCAGAUGUCUGAAUUAAUCAAUUACUUAUAAAUUCAUAUGAAUAUCAAUUUUUUCUUUUUACCCAGGCCACAUUUCAAAGAGGUUUUUAUUUUCUUGGUGAAUUAAUGAAAACCGAACUCUGAAAUGAUACCAUUUCCUCAAGUCGUAAUGUUAGAUUUCUUUCAGCGUCAAAGACCAAUAGACCUGCUUUUUUAUAGCCGAGGGACAAGGAUGCCUUCCCCACCUUGCCCAAUGCCCAGCCACUCACUGACGCGGCCGGGGGGCGCUGAUCGGUAAAUGCAGCACCCCAAAUGUUAAAUUACCUGUAUUUAAACAUACACACGCACUCCGUACAGAAAAUGAGUUAACAGUAUAUGCAUUUCAUCAAAAACCUGCAGAAACAAAAAUUGUGUUUUAAAGUUUCAGCAACUCCCAUUCUUAUAGUAAACUCUCCUAUACACCACAAUCUCAAAACCAUCUCUGAAAACUGGUAACUCUGCUUCCGUAUUUAAUUUCAUCCUAAUAUAAAAACGUCUUUCAUGUAAGGGUAGGGAAUGGAGAACUAUUUCUAACCAUGCACUCAUAAUUACAAAAGGACUUGAAAUUUAAUUCCCCAUGUCUCAGUUGAUUAUAUCCCAGGAUGUAUAUAUUAUAUGUGGUUUAUAAGCUAAACACUGGCCAUUUUUUUAAGUUCUAUUGUAAAAUUGUAUUUUUCUAUGUUUUAACUAAUUACAGUAGAUUUGGCUUUUUCUGAGUAACAUAAAGAUUGCUAAACGACAUAUAUUAAAAAACAGAGUUCUAUUUUA